AUGGUUGGUUUUGGUGCCACCAACACCGGUGCGGCAAAAUACGGUGUAAGACCACCGCCAGUAACUCCUGCGCCCCUCAUACGCGGAAGUGGCAGUAACAGUAUCGACAAGUGUGGAUGCCAUCAAAUCGUGGCAAAACUGAAAAAAGUCGAAUCAAAUCUGCUAAAGCUCAUUCUGAAUCUGCGCAACAAGUAUGGCGCCGUGUACAGCGAGCUGCUCGAUAUGAAGAAGAACGUCAAGAGUGUGUCCUGGUACGUAAGUCAAACAUCAGCCACCGGAGACUCCAUGAAUGACCAGCUGGUAGGCGCUUCCAUGAACUUGUCGCAAAUCAUGCAAUAUAUCAGAGAUCUGACCAUCAGUCAGCAAAGCUUGGUAACCAAGACGUUCUUGACUGAGUCGCUACUGGAUCUGGAGGGGCGUCCCGGGGGCAGUGGGGGGCCUCCUCCAGUCGGUCCGGAGAGUGACAUCGUCUACACGUCUUGCGACGACGUGCGCAUCACUGAGACUGGUACCUACAUCGUGCAGGAUGCCUUCGAGAAGCCGGCGAAGGUGAUUUGUGUUCUAGAUCUUGGGCCAGGAGCAUACACCGUAUUCCAGAACCGACAGGACGGUUCCACCGAUUUCUACCACGCGUAUAAAGAGUACAAGGCCGGUUUUGGAGACUUCGAUGGUGGUGACUACUGGCUUGGUCUGGAUAACAUCUACAGAAUGACCAACUCUGGUGACUACGAACUGUUCAUCGUGUUGGAGGACUUCGAGAAGAACGUCACCUUUGCUCGGUACGAUGACUUUGCGAUUGGCUCGGGCAGUGAUUUCUAUCCGAUCACCAAACUGGGCAGCUACAGUGGCGCGGCAGGAGACUCGCUCAGUGGGGUGGUGGGGGUGCUGUUCAGUACUUUCGACUUAGAUCUUGACAACAGCGAAAGCAACUGCGCCGUAACUGACCGCGGUGCUUGGUGGUACACCGACUGCGGCAUGAGCAACCUGAACGGUCUCUACCUGAAGGGCCUAUCAGGUGGUACCACCGGUAUGUUCUGGGAAACAUUCCGUGGAGCCAACUACAGCUUGAAGAAGAGCCGAAUGAUGGUUAAACGCAAGCAAGAUACUACGACGACAUCAAGCUCUACGACGACAGACACAACAACGGACACAACAACACCCUCGACAACGGAUUCUAUGUCCACAGAGUCAACGUCAACAGAUUCUUCGUCAACCGAUUCUACGACAUCAAGUACGACUACGGCGACUUCGUCAUCGACGAAUGAAGUAACCGGCCAAACAACUACUACCGAAAUGCCGACAACGAUGCUUUAA